AUGUUUUUCUUCCUAUCCUUCACUUUGAUCUGCACUAGCAGCCUGGCAACUUCUACGAUAGGCUUCUCCUACUCUGCUUCUGUUGGUAAUGGUGGCGGCAUUUCGUAUGCCACAGAGGGGAAUGGGAGGAUAACGGCCAUCAGAGUCUGGGAGAGACCCAACUCAUUUGUCACCAGUCUCCAGCUGUGCUAUGACUACAUUUGGUCUGAAAGGAUUGGAAAAGCGGGAGGAAAUUUACAAGAGAUGCAACUUUAUGAUGAUGAGACCAUUAUUCAGGUCUCUGGCAAACACAGCAACUUCAUCUUUCAGCUGGUUUUUGUGACUUCCAGAGGCCGUUUCUUUUCUGCAGGCUCUCCAACAGGGUUCUCCUUUCACUUCUACCCGACUGACAGUAAGGCAGGGCUUCGUCUGCUGAGCGGCCGCUACACUAGUUCUGGGAUAACUUCACUGGGAGCCCACUGGGGAGAGGUCAUCACGAAUCAGUACAGAGGAAGUAGAAGACGCUAG